GUGGGAUGCGACCCGGAGUAAGAAGUGGGAGAUUCGAAGUGGCUGUAGCCCAACAAAGGUGUUUCACUCUUUAUUUGGGUCGUAUAGCAUCACCUGAUGCACUGAAACAAUACACCAGACUCUAACUUUCCCCACCAUUAAAAGAUGGCCACCCCGAGCAAGACCCCACCAGGCGCCGACCCGAAGCAGCUGGAGCGGACCGGGACGGUCCGGGAGAUCGGAUCUCAGGCGGUGUGGUCCCUCUCCUCCUGUAAACCUGGCUUCGGAGUGGACCAGCUGAGGGACGACAACCUGGAGACGUACUGGCAGUCAGACGGAUCCCAGCCUCACUUGGUCAACAUCCAGUUCAGGAGGAGAACGACCGUGAAGAUGCUGUGUAUUUACGCUGAUUACAAAUCGGAUGAGAGCUACACGCCCAGUAAGAUCUCAGUCAGAGUGGGCAACAACUUCCACAACUUGCAGGAGAUCAGGCAGUUGGAGAUGGUGGAGCCCAGUGGUUGGAUUCACAUCUCUCUGUUGAAUCAGCGGACAAACGAACCCAUCAGCACCUUCAUGAUCCAGAUCGCCGUGCUGGCAAACCACCAGAACGGCCGCGACACGCACAUGCGACAGAUCAAAGUGUACACGCCGGUGGAGGAGAGCUCCAUCGGAAAGUUCCCACGAUGCACCACGGUCGACUUCAUGAUGUACCGCACGAUCAGGUGACGUGCGCCGACGCCACCACCUGAAAUCCUGCUUGGCCCGGAAACAUCUGGGACGAGGAAAUAAGACAGACUGCUGAGAUGUGGUCGACUGUGACCUGACUGUCACUGAUUGGUUGAUCCCAGAACUGCUGAUCAUUAAGGUUUUGUUAAAUCAAUACAGGACUUGCACUUUAAGUCAAGCUGUCAAUAUUGAAUAUGAAUCAUCAAACAGUUUACAUGUUGUGAUGUUUGAAGACAAACUUUCCACGUUUCCUUCUCAUUAAACACUUUGAUGGUUUGUGCUGGAGGCAGACGGACUUCAGCUUUCUGCUGUGCCUGCAGGCGUCUCCUGUUUGUUCCUGUGUGUUCAAUUAAACGUGUUUGAAGCCACA